AUGCCCCUGGAGCGCCUGGCCGUCACUCUCGAACUAAUAACCUUCCCCGGUCUAUCAGCAAAAGCAAAAAGACCAAAUCUCAAGUUUAAGGAGCUCGUCAUUCGGUCUCUGCAAAAGAAAGAGCAGUCGCAAGCCUUGGUCGAUGGUGAUAAAGCGAAGGACUCUCAGUGCGCCACCACGCUGUCUCAAUUCUUGUCUUCCAUUUGCACUGAAAUUACGCACCAGUGUUCAUACAGCACUCCAUACCAGGUCCCCCGGUAUGGAAAACCCGGCCAAACCGGUAUGGUCAGAAUUCACAAAUUAACACAUGGAUAUCGUCGCGACACCCAUCAUACCCUUUCUCUGCAAUCUAAGCUAGAGAUUUCAAUCAAGGAAGCAGUGGAAUUCUCACCAAGGACCCAGUCAGGAGGUCAGCCUAAAUGGGUGGAUCGAUGGAUCGCUUCCAACGUACUCGUCUCCGUACACGAGUACGGAAUGGAGGAAUUUAUGCCCGACCAGUAA